AUGAAGUGCCCACUGACAACUCAAUUUAAGGAACUUAUUUCUGUUUUAAAGCCUGGUGAACUGUCAAAUUCCAAGAUGAGCUCUUCUAACACAAUUAGUCCUGGGAUGUUUCGAAAUGUGUUUGUCGAACGUUGUCCUCGAUUCAGUGGAUUCGGGCAACAUGAUAGCCAUGAAUUAAUUCGUGCUCUAUUGGACUGCUUAAAACAAGAAGAACUUUCACGCUGGAAGAAGGGAAUUUUACUCAAACUCAAUGUUAACCCAAAAGACGUUCGUGAUGAUGAGAAAGAGUCUAUUCGCAAUUGGGGAAAAGCAGCUUCCAUAGCCACGAUUAUAGACCGACUUUUCGGCGGGAUUCUUGUCAGUACAAUACAGUGUUGUUGUUGUGGUACUGUUCGGCCUAAAUUUGAACCAUUUCUGGACCUUUCAUUGUCUGUUUCUGAUACCAGUCUUUCAAAACGCAAUAUAAAUGAUUCUGUGUCUAAACAGCAUUCUAAAGGUACCUCCAGUUCCAAACAACUUCGAAAAAAGGAACGUAAACGUAAAACUCAAAAACAACGAAAACGUCAAAAUUUUAUACAUGAUCAUCAAUCAGAUCAGGAAUGUUUAGAUCAGUGCAGUUCAGAUUCAGAUAGUCCAAAAACAAAACAUAUUGAUCAUUCACCAUUGGAUACAUUUAUUGCAAAGUGUUGUGCUGAUGUAACAACUCUAGAUGUGGAUAGUAAGCGAGUAGAGAAUGUGAAUGGGGAUCUUGGCGUAGAUGAGCAUCAACAUGAAGAUAAUAAUGGUAACGAUGAUGUAAAUAAGAAUGGGGAGAAUUUGUCGAAUUCGAAUGAAUGCGAGCUUUCAAGUGAAACAUUAAACCAAAGUUUUUGUGAUGAAGAAGCAUCCUCAGACGGAAAUUGUGCAGAUGGUGAAGGUAGUGAUCAAUGUGACAGUGUUGUAUCAUUACAAGUCAUUACAAAUAAUUGUGAUGAAAAUAUACAACAAACAGAGAUGAAUAAUAAUAAUAAUACAGCACAGAUUACUUGUGAAUUAGAUAGACUAUGCUUGAAUACAGUUUCAUCAUUUUCAUAUGAUUCCAAUGAAUUAAAUCAAGCUAUUCAUUAUGCACAAAUUCCACUUGGUCAAAAUAAAAGUAAUAAUUCCACAAAAGAUGGUGUUAUAUCUAUUUAUGAAUGUCUUUCAAAAUAUACUUCUGCUGAAUUAUUAACAGGAUCUAAUCGUUUAAUUUGUGAUGUAUGCACAAAACAAAAUUCAUUAAAUAAUGAAUUGGAAUAUAAGUUGAAUAGUGAAACAAUGAAUAAACAAACGCCUAGCAACAACAACAACAACAACAACAAGAACAGUAACAAGCCAGACAUUUUACAAGAUGUUAUCAAACGUGAUUUAAUCUAUAAACCUCCACCGAUUCUCACAAUACAUUUGAAACGAUUUCAACAAGUUGGUGUUCAAUUACGAAAAUCUCAGAAACGUAUUCAUUUCCCAAUCUACUUGGAUAUCACUCCUUUCUGUUCUGUUCUCGCUAUGACUCGUUCCAAUCAGAUUCGUUAUCGUCUUUACGGUGUAAUUGAACAUACUGGACAUUUAACUUCUGGUCAUUAUGUAGCUUAUAUAACUUUACCAAAAUCAUACACUAAUUCUAAUUCUAAUAAUAAUCAAUCAGAUCAUAUAGAAAAUCAAUUUAUUGGCUCAUUAAAUCGUUCACCUAAAUGGCCUUUAUCUAUUAAUGAUUUAAUUCAACGUCUUCGUCGAUGUGAUCAUCAUCAUCAUCAUCAAUUGUUAUUGUCAUCAUCGAAUAGUUUUAUAUCUUCUAACCAAAAUGUCAACAAUACUAUCAAUCAUUCAACAAAUCAUAAUAAUGAUAUGGUUAAUGAACAUGAUAAUAAUGAUUCACUUCAAUGGUUCUAUUGUUCCGACAAUCAUAUCACACGUGUAUCUCAAUCAACUGUGCUGAAUUGCCAGGCUUAUGUUUUAUUUUAUGAACGUAUUGAAUGA